AUGAAAUGUUUAAUCUUCUCUCCAAGCUCUUCACAAGUGAUUCUGUCAGACCAUUCAGUUAUACUGUUUUGUUCAGGCUCCAGUUUAAUACUACCAUCACCACCACCACCAUCACUGCCACCAUCACCACCACCACCACCACCAUCACUAUCACCACCACCACUGCCACCAUCACCACCAUCACUGCCACCAUCACCACCACCACCACCAUCACUGCCACCAUCACCACCACCACCAUCACUGCCACCAUCAUCACUGCCACCAUCAGCACCACCACCAUCACUGCCACCAUCACCACCACCACCACCAUCACUGCCACCAUCACCACCACCACCAUCACUGCCACCAUCAUCACUGCCACCAUCAGCACCACCACCAUCACUGCCACCAUCACCACCACCACUGCCACCAUCACCACCACUGCCACCAUCAUCACCACCACUGCCACCAUCACCACUACCACCACUGCCACCAUCACCACCACCACCAUCACUGCCACCAUCACCACCACCAUCACUGCCAUCACCACCACUGCCACCACCACCACCACCAUCACUGCCACCAUCACCACCACUGCCAUCAUCACCACCACUGCCACCAUCAUCACCACCACCACCACUGCCACCAUCACCACUACCACCACUGCCACCAUCACCACUACCACUACCACUAUCAUCACCACCACCACUGCCACCAUCACCACCACUGCCAUCAUCACCACCACUGCCACCAUCAUCACUGCCACCAUCACUACCACUGCCACCAUCAUCACCACCACCACUGCCACCAUCACCACCACCACUGCCACCAUCAUCACCACCACCACCACUGCCACCAUCACCACCACUGCCACCAUCACCACCACUGCCACCAUCACCACCACUGCCACCAUCACCACCACUGCCACCAUCACCACCAUUGCCGCCAUCCACACCACUGCCACCAUCACUGCCACCACCACCACCACUGCCACCAUCACCACCACUGCCACCACUGCCACCAUCACCACCACUGCCACCACCACCAUCACUGCAAUAA